GUAUGGGCAGGCCCGUGGCCAGGUGGUGAAGGAUGAACAUUCGGGGGGCCCCGGACCUCGGGCAGCCCAGUGACGACCCCAACAGUGGUGGUGAGCGGGAGCGAAUCCGACAGCGCAUGAAGAUGGUCAUCGGGCAGCUUGAAGACAUCCUGCGGGAGCUCAAGGAGGUGGCCAAGGAGCUUCGGGAGGUGGUGAGCCAGAUCGACAAACUAACCUCAGACUUUGACUUCGAGCUGGAGCCAGACGAUUGGACCACGGCCACUGUGAGCAGCACCUCUAGCAGUGACAAGGCAGGCGUGGGUGGCCCCUUUGACCUGGGCCACCUGGACUUCAUGACAGCUGACAUCCUGUCAGACAGCUGGGAAUUCUGCUCCUUCCUGGAUGUGUCCACUCCAUCGGACUCUGUGGAUGGCCCGGAGUCAUCACGGCCAGGAGCUGGCCCUGACUACCGGCUCAUGAAUGGUAGCACCCCCAUCCCCAAUGGGCCCCGAGUGGAGACCCCCGACUCCUCCAGCGAGGAGGCCUUCAGCGCUGGCCCCGUGAAAGUCCAGCUGCCCCAGCGGACCCCAGGGACGCGGGAGAGGGUUCGGUUCAGUGACAAAGUGCUCUACCACGCUCUGUGCUGUGAUGAUGAGGAGGCGCACAGUGAGGAGGCAGAAGAGGAGGCGGGGGGCCCAUCCCCCGAGCAGCCCCAUGAAGGACCCCUCAAGCCCUCUGCAGUCCCCCACAAGACACGGCGCUCCCCACUGACUGCUCGCCGCUCCAGUCCCACACCGGGCCCUGAACAGACCCGAAGGGUCACAAAGAACAGCAGCACCCAGACGGUGUCAGACAAGAGCACGCAGACGGUGCUGCCCUACACAGGUGCCAGACAGAAAGCCAAGGGGAAGAACUAGGGGCUGGGGACUGGGCUGGGGGGAGAACAGACACAAUCAUAAUAAAAUGUUAAAAUGCCAA